AACCACAGGAUCAUGACCUGAGCUGAAGCCAGACACUUAACCGACUGAGCCCCCCAGGGGCCCCUUGUUUGGUGUUUCUAUUGGUUCAGGGUGAGAAGGGUGCCUUGUCCCGUCAGAGCCACUUGUGGACUGGAAAGCGGGAAUAACGGAGGGGCCGACCUGGGGGAGCCCCACUGGAAGGCUCUGGGUCGGAGUCGGGGGCAGGCGGGCAGUGGACCCAUAACCCUCCCAACGCCUGUGUUCUCUCCCAGCAGAUGUGCACCCCCAGCAACACCCCCGCCACACCGCCCAACUUCCCCGACGCACUGGCCAUGUUCUCCAAGCUUCGCGCCUCGGACGGCUUGCAGAGCGGCAACGGCCCCAUGACGGCCGUGGCCUGCUCCCCCCCUGCAAACUUCAGCCCCUUCUGGGCCUCGUCCCCCCCUGGCCACCAGGCCGCCUGGAUCCCGUCCUCCUCGCCCACGGCCCACAGCUUCCACCACCUGCACCGCCCGCAGCCCACGUGGCCCCCCGGAGCACAGCAGGGGGGCUCCCAGCAGAAGGCCAUGGCCGCCCUGGAUGGCCAGAGAUGAGACUGAAGGCCGACACUGCCAGGCGCUGGGCUGGAGCUGGGGGGAGGGGGCAGCCCAGGGUCACGGAGACACAGGAGGGCCAGGGUGGG